GUCUCAUUUGGCAACAGCGGCACUUUGUGGUCCCUUUUUUUUGCGCGCUUGAUGGCCGGGCGUCGAAGAUGGGCUUGACAGUCUCAAGGCAAGACACGGUGUCCUCCACCGAUGUGAGGCAAAUGAACUCUGAGACUCAUGAGGCGGAGGCGUUGCCGCUGCAUGUGGGCCAGCGCUCCCAGAUGAAGCGCCUCUGCCGAAUCAUGCGGUCCAAGCUCCAGGAGGUGUCGCAGGGGAAGAGGGAGGCGCUGCAGGACUGCCAGGAGCUGGCGCAACGCUUGGAGGCCUUGUUGGACGAUGCCUCCAGUCGCCGAGGUGCGCGGAGUUCCUCCAAGGAGCUGAUGCCCCAAGAGGUGAAGGAUUGGCUCACGAAGCAGUGGACCGAGAGCUCUGCGCGGCUGGGCGAGGACCUCAGUCCCAUCCGCGGUGCAGGCGCCACGCUGCGCUCCAGCCGCGCGCCCUUUGGCCCAGAGCUCAUGGAGGUUCUGGACAAGGUGGGCACUCCUGACAUCGACGUGGUGGCCGUGCAGGGCCAGCCGGAGGUGGCCGGGAAUGUCACCACCGUGCUCUUCAUGUACACCUUGACCAACGGCGGCGUGUUUGACCAGCUCCCCGCGGAAACCUUAGCCGACCCCAUGAACGCCGAACUCUUCCAGGACCGCUUGUUGAAGUUCGUGGCGGCGAUCGAGCAGGCGUACCUUGACGUGCCCUACCACAACAACAUGCAUGCGGCGGACGUCAUGAUGAUGAUGCACUCCUUCCUCUUAUCUUCCAACAUGUCCUGGAUCUCCCCUAUCGAGCACUUGAUGUGCCUCAUGGCCGCCGUGUCCCACGACGCCGGCCACGACGGGGUCAACAACAUGUUCCACGUCAAGGCGCAGUCGCUGGUGGCGCUCCGCUACAACGACAAGAGCGUACUGGAGAACAUGCACUGCGCGCUGGCGUUUGAGCUGAUGAAGGAGAACGAGGACCUGAACUGGCUCGGCCUCAUGAACGGCGCCUUCCCGCCGGAGACGCCCGGCGGAGCUCCGCUGGAUUUGCGGCCGCACCUUAGGCGGUCGAUCAUCGAGAUGGUGCUGGUGACGGAUCCUACGAAGCACAACGUGCUGAUGGAGAAUCUGAAGGGUCUCGUUCAGGCCAAGAGCUUACCUGGGAGCCACGUGAGUUUGAGCGACCCCAAGCAGAAGCAAGAUGCUUUCAAUGUGCUUUUGCAUUCCGCGGACGUCUCCAAUGCCACGCGGAAGUUGCCCGUGGCCCUCUACUGGUCCAGGCAAGUGCUCCUGGAGUUCUGGGCUCAAGGAGAUCAGGAGAAGUCCUUGGGCCUCGAGGUGUCGCCCCUCUGCGACCGCGCCAGUGGCAUGAAGUCGGUGCCCCAGGGCCAGCUGGGCUUCAUCGGCUUUAUCGUGCGGCCGCUCUUCCUGGAGCUGUCGCGGCUGCUGCCGGAGGCGUCGCAGCUGGUGGAGCAGCUGGGGCAGACGGAGGAGUACUGGAAAGAGAAGAAGGCGGUCAAUGCAAGCUUUGAAGAAUCCUUUGCGCUUCUGGAUCGUUAAGGCCCGUGGCGAGGCUGGGCGUUGCUUCCUCCAAUGUCUUCUCUCGUGAGAGCGCGAAGGGUCGUGAGGGUCAGAAGACCUUCAGAUGGGCCAGGGUUUCUUGCAGCAACGGGGUGGCUUGCAUCACACUUUCGGCCUGAAACCAAGAAGGAAGAAGAUCCGAAACGGC